GAAGAAUAUACCUUCGAAAAAAUGCAAGACAGAAGUGUGAGGUGUGCCUUGUGGCUGAAGAAACAGGGUUUGCUCCCGAAAUUCUCGAAAGACGCGAAGCACAAACAGUUUUUGUAGCCCCAAAUAUCGUCAACAGAUUAUUGAAAUCCGACGCUUUGAGCAAGUACGAUCUCUCCUGUAUCAAGUCUGUAAUUUGUGGUGGAGCCAAACUGUCAGUUGCGUCUCGUGAUGCAUUUGCUAAAAAGUUACCAGGCGCUUCCAUCCUAGCUGGCUAUGGCAUGACAGAACUAGGAGCUGGCACAUCAGUACAAUCAAACAGCUCAAAACCCGGAUCGCGUGGCCGCCUCUUAAUCAAUUGCCAGCUGAGGGUAGUGGAUACAGAUACGGGUAGAGUAUUGGGAACUAAUCAGGUGGGUGAACUAUUGUAGAAGAAUGACACCACGAUGAACUGUUACUAUAACGAUCCAGAUGCUACAGCCGCAACCAUCGACGAGGAAGGAUGGAUGCAAUCGGGAGAUCUUGGUUACUACGACGAGGACGGAGAGAUCUUCGUGGUAGAUAGGCUGAAAGAACUGAUUAAAUACAGGGGUUAUCACAUAUAUCCGGUUGAAGUCGAGAGUGUGCUCUUGUCUCAUCCUGGUGUCAAAGAGGUGGCAGUCGUGGGCUUGCCUCAUCCUGUGGAUGACGAGCAUCCUAUUGCUUUUGUAGUUAGAACGGUGUCUUCUCUCACCGAAGAAGAGGUUACAGAACAGGAAUUGAUUGACUUGGUGGCGACCGAAAUGGCUGACAGUAAACGACUGCGGGGUGGAGUCAAAUUCCUGGAUAACCUACCGAAAACACCGUCAAAUAAUAUUCGACGCGGAUAUGUACGCGACCUAGGGAGAUCUAUGGCAACAACGUGACGAUCAGCCAGAAAUUUUCUCAUCUCCAAGAGCAAUUAGUUAAGGAAUAAAUUUAAGGGAUAGGUACGUUUUAACUGUCAAACACUCUUAUACCAUUUCAUCCGAUACAUCGCUCGGAAAGUAUUUGAAGU